CUAACACUACCAUUUGCAGUUUCUUACAAUCAUGGAGUUUCCCAGUUUUUUUUAUGAAAUUCCUUACAUGUACUCCUUUCUCUUGCUGUUGGUGUUGUUAAAAAUAGUUAAAAUAAUGAGUUGUAAAAAUUCCGUUGUUAAUUUACCUCCCGGACCAAGGACAGUGCCUCUCAUAGGUAACAUACAUCAGAUUAUAAGCAGCUCACUGCCUCACCGCUAUUUCAAAGAAUUGGCAGAGAAAUAUGGACCUUUGAUGCAUCUUAAACUUGGCCAAGUACCAUACAUAAUAGUUAGUUCACCAGAAAUGGCCAAAGAGAUUAUGAAAACACAAGACCUCGCAUUUUGUGAUAGGCCAAACCUUAUGUUGUCAACAAUAUUUAGUUACAAUGGUAGAGAUAUUGCUUUCUGUGCAUAUGGAGAAUAUUGGAGGCAACUGCGAAAGAUAUGUAUUAUAGAGCUAUUAAGUGCAAAGCGGGUACAAUCAUUUAGGUCCAUUAGAGAAGAAGAGUGCUCAACAUUAGUUAAAUCAAUAUAUGCAAGUGAAGCCUCUAUUGUUAAUCUCACAGAGAGGAUUUUGUCAACGACAUGUGGGAUAACCAUGCGUGCUGCUUUUGGGAAAAAGAGUAGACACCAACAAGAGUUCAAAUCAACGAUAAAUAAAGCAAUAAGUCUAAUGGGAGGAUUUUGUAUUUCUGAUUUGUAUCCUUCAUAUAAAUUUCUUCAAAGGUUAAGUAGGUCUAAGACCAAAAUGGAAAAACUUCACAAAGAGCUUGAUAUAAUAUUGCAAGACAUCCUGAACGAUCACAAAGAUUGUCACGCAGAAGCAAACAAGAAUGAAGAUCUAGUUGAUGUUCUUCUAAAGGUUCAACAGGAAAAUGAUGAAUCACAACAUCCCUUAACAGAUGAGAGCAUUAAAUCCAUCAUCCUGGAUAUGUUUACUGCUGGUACGAGAACAUCGUCAGGGAUAGUUUUAUGGGGCAUGUCUGAGAUGAUAAAGAACCCAAAGGUAAUGGAAGCAGCACAAGCUGAGGUAAGAACAAUGUUUGAUAAAAAGGGGUACAUAGAUGAAACAGAUUUGCACCAGUUGGUAUACUUAAAGUCUGUCAUCAAGGAAACAAUGAGGUUGCAUCCUUCUCUACCGUUGCUGGCUCCAAGAGAAAGUAGAAAGAUGUGUCAAAUCAAUGGGUAUGAUAUUCCUGCUAAGGCAAGGGUUUCUGUUAACGUUUGGGCAAUUGGAAGAGAUCCAAAAUAUUGGGUUGAUGCUGAGAGUUUUAAACCUGAGAGGUUUCUUAAUAGCUCAAUUGAUUUCAAAGGCACAGACUUUGAAUACUUACCAUUUGGUGCUGGAAGGAGGAUUUGUCCAGGCAUUGCUUUUGGCAUGCCCAACGUCGAGUUGCCUCUUGCUCAGUUACUUUAUCAUUUUGAUUGGAAGCUUCCCAAUGGAAUGAAGAAAGAAGAACUUGAUAUGACUGAGUCAUCUGGGAUUGCAGUAGGAAGAAAAAAUGACUUAUGCUUGAUUCCUUUUACACGUCGUCUUUGAUGCGCAUUUCCAAAUCAAACAAGUUCACAAAAUAUUUUAGUUUUCCUAUACUAUAUACUUUCAUUAGACUUAUUGCUUCCAGUAGUAUGAUGUUCAUUUUCAUAAUAAAAAAUUGUUAGUUAUUAUUAUUCACAAUCAAUUUCUCACACAAGUUGGUUCAUUACAUUGUUGAAAAUUUAAAUCUUAUGUAACAUAUUAUAUAUUUUUAAUCAAGAACAUUAUAAUAUGAUUAAUCUGUUGGUGUAAGCUCUAGAGGCCAUUAGUUUUGGUAUUUGUAUCGAUUUAUUU